AUAAAAAUCUGAAGUUACAAAGAGAAAUCAAUCUCGUAGAAUCGAAGUGGAGGAGAAUUCGAACAAGUAUUAAUUUAAUGUUUAUUUAAUCACCGAAUGUCAAGCUUGACAGAAGUAUUAUUUUAUGUCAUCUUUUUCUCAUCCAUUAAAAGUUAACAAAAACAAGCGUGGUAAUUGUCUUCAGAUCAGAGACGAUUCAUUUCUUUCGAGCAAGAGUUUUCAAUAACACUUAAUAUUCCAACUGUCACAUAGUUUCUUUCGAUCGCGUUUUUAGAACUUCACGGUAUAUCAAACAUCUGUUACACACAUACUACGAGUACCGCUAGAUUCGAGCAAAUCCAUUCACUGCGAAUAUGUACCAGCAAACCAGGUUCUUCUAUUUUGCUAUUGCAAAUAGUCGGUUAAUAGGUGAAUUUGCCGUUCCCGAUAUUUGGCGCGUCAGCCAUAUUUAAAGAUCCAGGGUGAAAUUAUGUCACGACAUUUGCUUCACGAGUGACAUUCAGAUUACAAAAUUUUGAAUACUUGAAUAAUUCGAAAUUAUUUUUUGCGAAAUUUUGUGUUAAAAUUUCUGAAUACUCAAAUAUUUCAGUUUCAGAGAAUUAAAAUCAGGAUAAGUAACUGAAUUAUUUCUCGAUUUGAUGCGUAGAGAUCUUAGUGUGUCACAUGUGUGUUAUCAAGGAUAUUGAAUAUCAUAGGGGUCCGCGCCGCAGUAAUCGAAUAACUGUGAAGCGGAAGAUUAAAGGAAAUUCUAAAGAUUAUAAUUUCAUGAGGUUAGUAAUGCUUUCGUGUGGUAUAAAUUAGAAAAUGAAAUAGUAUUUCAAAUAUGCAAUUAUAAUAUCGUACCUACUGUUUUCACUGCGUUUAAAUUUUCUUGAGCCUCAAUAAAUUCAUACAAUGUUUAGAAAUAUUUUUAAUCAAAGGGAGACAAAUAUUUUUAAUCAAGGUAAUAGUUUCUUCUUUCAAGAGACAUGUUUGUCCUUUACCCUUUGAGCUUCUAAGAAAGACACGAGCCACUUAAAAAUCAGGUCGUACAAAUUUCAUUUUAUACAACAAUGAGAAAGUCUUCAUUACGUCUCCUUUAGGAUGUCACAUCAGAAAUUAAAUGAAAAUGAAAAACCCUCGAGAAAGUCAUGUUUACAAAGAGACUGAUGUAUAUUCACUUUAAUUAUAUCAUUUUGAAGUCGGAUUAAAUUUCAACAAACUUUUAUUUCGAAAUUAUUCGAACAAUAAUUCUGGGAACUUAGCCAUAAAGAUAGACAUCAAACUGAAAUCACAGCUGAGAUGAACAAAAGGUGAAGAGACCCUCUCUUCUUCAAGGAAGUCGCCGAAAGUGUAACAGCAGGUUUCUCAGAGCUGCUGGCAAUUCUGUAGAUGAGAGUCCAGUCGUUAGUGCUUCGCAGCGGACCUCAAGGGAUACAUCUGGGGUCAUCAGGUUCAGCAGACUUUAUGGAAGGUGAUCCAACUUUGUCAGUGUUUCUUUCGCCCUCUUUCAGUGCAUCUAAGGAUCCUAACUGUGAAGGUUUAGUGUUUUAAAAUUUCGGCGAGAAAUGAAUCUCAGGAAGACAUUGUAUGGAAAGUCUUAAAAAUGAUUUUCUAUGAUUUAAACGGAUCGUGAUGAAUUCAAGAACAAAAUAUUUGAUUGAAGCUACGAAUCUGACUGGAUUAUUGGAGAUGUUGAAAAAUCGUAGCUGACAUUCAGUUGUUUCCGUAUUUGGGAAAACGUGCUCGAUGAGUCGUAAAAGGAUCAACGUUAUAUUGAUUCCUGAUGUCUUCGAUUGGAGGAUCAUUAUCUUCCUUGUGAUUGUUAUUGCACUGCCUUGCUGCGAAAGUCGUGCCAGAAAUAUUCCAAGUACCCAAAAAUUGACUGGAAAUAAAAUGUAUAAAUUAUAUAAAAGUAGACCAUUAAUUAAUUAUGUACAAAAUGAUUGGCAAAAAGGAAAUCUUCAUAUAAAACAAAAAUCAUGGGAUUCGGUAUCUGGCCAACAACAGAAGGAAAACGUUUACAUGCAUGAAUCCUUUUCUGUCAAUGUUACACACAAUGAUACAAAGGAACUUUUAGCGUACAGUGAACAAAAUUUGUCACAUAAAAGAUUUAAACGUGGUGUGUUACAUCUUUAUAAUAUGGUAAUUUGUGCCACUGGAUGUAAUCCUUUAGCUUACAAAGGAUAUGGAUGUUACUGUGGUUUUUUGGGUUCAGGAUAUGCAUUAGAUGGAAUAGAUAGAUGUUGUAAAAUGCAUGACUGGUGCUAUGAUGCUACAGACUGUGCAAUGUUUUCAGAAUAUUUUGUACCAUAUUAUUGGAAAUGUUAUCACGGUUAUAAACCCGUAUGCGCUGUUGAACACGGAAACUGGGGAGGAUCUGGUUCAUGCGCUCAACGAUUAUGCGAAUGUGAUCGGUCAUUUGCUGAAUGUUUACGACGUUAUCCUUGCCCGACAACCAAAGCUAUGUGCACGUCGUCGCCUUGGAGAUUGGUACAAAACCUUUUCAUGAUUAUGUAAUUGUUCAUACAAUGACAAUGAAGGAAAUUAAUUUAUAAUUUGGUAAUAU